AUGACCGGCCCUGUCAAGGACUCGUGCAAGGAUGUCAUGAAGGACUUGUCCACACAGUUCGUCGAGCGUGAGGGCAUUGACAUCAAUGUUGCCUUUGGCGGCGGCUGGGACAAAUUUACCCCCAAGGAGGUCGAGGGCGGAUCCCGCGUGGAUGGCCGCGACCUGAUCCAGGAGUGGAAGGACAAGCAGGAGUCCCUGGGACGCAGCCACGCCUACAUCAACACCAAGGCGGAGCUGAACAGCUUUGACGCCACUUCUGCCGACUACGUGUUGGGUCUGUUCAGCCGCAGCCACAUGCAGUACCGCGCCUUCCAGACCGACGACGACGUCAACCUGACCGAGAUGGUGAAGAAGGCCUUGGAGAUCCUGAAGCGCGGACCCAAUGGCUUUGUCAUGUUCGUGGAGGGCGCCAAGAUCGAUCACGGACAUCACUACGGCAACGCCUACACGGCCAUCGACGAGACGGUGGAGCUGGAGGAGGUCGUCCAGCACGUCAUGGACAACACCGACAUUGAGGACACCCUCAUCGUUGUCUCCUCUGACCACUCCCAUACCUUCUCCAUCAACGGCUACCCGGAGCGCGGCCUGGACAUGUUCGGCCCUGCCUCCUUCCUGGCCAGCGGCAUGCAGAAGGGUGGCCCGCCGCCCGAGCUGCCCUACCCGACCAUGCAGUACGCCAACGGUCCGGGUGGCUCCGAGGACUGGGCUGAGUUCGAGGCUAAGCGGGCUCGCCUCGCCGACAUGACGCCGGAGGCCGAGUGGCGUGACCCGCAUUACAAGCAGGUGGCCGGCAUCUACCUGCACAAGGAGACGCACAGCGGUGAGGACGUGGGCAUCUUUGCUCGCGGCCCUGGAGCCCACCUGCUACGCGGUAGCUUGGAGGAGAACGUCAUUCACUACGUCAUCAACUACGCCCUCUGCCAGGGCGACUACGCCACCAUCUGCGACAAGAAAUAA